UUAAGCUGUGUGCUUGGUGGCGGAACUGGCUGUUUGAUGUAAGGAUGUGUGUGUGUGUGUGUGUGUGUGUGCAAGUGUGUGUUAUUGAGGGAUGUAAUGAUUCUGACCAGCUGAAGCCCUGAACAUCACGAAUGGACCCCAGUAUACAAGUGCAACAUGGGCUCCAGGAUCAAAGAAAACCCUGACAAAACCUUCUACUGGUUCUUUCAAGCUUCAUGUCCAAUUGCCAGAGAUAAAGAUCCUGGAGUGUUGUUUCAGUUCCCUGAAGACUUCAGCGAUGAGGAGUCCCUGCAGUCCCUGCCUCGCUUCUGUUUUCCGUAUGACAUAGAGAGGGCAAAGGACACAGUGGCUGUGCAGCACUUCACAUUCGUACUGACAGAUCUGGAGGGAUGUCAGCGCUUUGGAUUCUGCAGACUCACGUCCAGCUCUCAGACGUGCAUAUGUAUACUCAGUUAUUUGCCAUGGUUUGAGGUGUUUUACAAGCUUCUGAAUAACCUAGCUGACUACUUGACUAAAGGGCAGACCAAUGAGAUGAAAGAACUGUUAACAGUACUCUACAAGCAGCCUGUACCACCUGCUAAUGGCUCCAUCACGCUGCAUAUGGGAGGGAAGCUUCAAAUCAGAAGUGUGAUGCCUGGUAUCUUUGGACACACCCCUAAAGGGGAGGAGUCAGAGGGGAUCCCGUACUUUAUUGCUCCAGAUCCCAAAGCCUUGCCUUCUAUCCCAGAGAGUAGGAACCUCACAGAGCUGGUGGUUGCUGUGGAUGUGAGUAACCUGCUCCAGCUGUACGCCAGCAUGCUGUUUGAGAGACGCAUUCUCAUCUACUGCAGCAAACUGAGCACACUCACGGCCUGCAUACACGCAUGUAAUGGAAUGCUCUUCCCCAUGUACUGGCAACACAUCUUCAUUCCUGUGCUGCCACCACACCUACUCGACUACUGCUGUGCACCGAUGCCAUACCUCAUCGGAGUUCACUCGAGCCUGGCAGAGAGAGUAAGGAGUCGAGCUCUAGAGGAUGUGGUCAUACUUAAUGUGGACACGAACACCUUAGAAUCGCCACACGAUGACCUAAAAAAGAUCCCUGCUGACGUGAUGGCGGGACUUAAGGUCAGGUUGAAGAGACAGGCAGCAAUGGCUGGGUCUGGGGUCGCUCAUGCUUUUCUCAGAGCUCAGGCUCUGCUGUUUGGAGGAUACAGAGAUGCCAUUCAGUCUCCUGCUGAGGGGCCGGUUGUGUUCUGUGAGGAGUUAUUUCUGAGUCAUAAGUCUCAGAGUAUGAGGCAGUUUUUGGAGAGCGCUGUUCACUUGCAGUGUUUCAAAGAGUUUAUUGACGGGCGUCUGGGAAUGCUGAACCAGGGCAAAGAGCCUGAUGACGUGUUUGAGGAAGAGCUGCUACAGUGUGGAGCCUCAUCAGGUGGCUCUAAAUUGUGUCGGCAAUGGGUGGGAAAUAUAAAGAAAGGGAGUGGAGCCCUGAUUGUGACAUGGAAGUCUACAGCUAACAAAGCAACCAAAUACCACAGCAAAUUCGGAUUGAAAAACCUCCUGUCAUCAAAGGAUCAAAGCGAGUCUCACGGGCUGCAGCGGGGCGGGUCUGUCUGUGAUACGCACACGUAUCGCCUCAUCCAAUCAGAUUGCCUUCAGAACCGUAUACCAAUCACACAGCACUUUGGGAGAUCUCGACCACGUCGGCCAGCACGCAAGCAUCCUAGUAAUGAGCGGCAGACUCAGACACAGGAGGACAACAAUACCUGCGAGGACAGUGGGAUAACUGGUGAAUUAACAGAGGAUCUCGAGCAGUGUUCUGGCUCUAGUGAGCUGCAGGAAGACGAUGAGCUAUCUCUAUUGGCUGACCCAGAGGAGAUGGACCUGCUUGGGGAAAUCUUUGACACUUUGAGCGCACAGAGCUCCAGAGAGCCGGGCUUACUGUACGGCACACGCAGUCUCGACCUCUUCGGCUCAGACAGCAGUGAAUUCAUCUCACAUAGAAGUUUGACCGCACCCAGUCAGGAGAGUCUAGGUCCCUCUGUUGAAAACAGCGGAAGUCUCAUUAGCUGGGAGGAGGAGCUAGAGGAGGGAACACACCGAGAGAGGGAGGAGCCUGUUGUCCAGAUUGACAUGCCAGAAAAGGAGAUAACUGAAUUAGAGAAAGGCGUUGAGAAGACGGGGGAAAGUCUUUGUUCAGAUGGACAAAGUUUAGGAAAUGCUUCUCUGGACUUAGAGGUGGACUCUAAAGAGGAACAAGAGGAUCACUGGUUGACUCGAGAUGGACAAGUCAACGGAAUAAUGGAUGAGCUUGAGGAAAGUUUGGAUAUUGAGGCACAAGCAGGCAGUGAAGAACAAACAACAACAGAGGCUGUAGAACAACAUCAGACAGAGGAGAAGACCACAAGUUACAUGGGAUCUCCAGAGCACAGGGAGAAACCAUUGUUUGAGGCAAAUCUCAGAUCUGGAACAUUUCUAGGACCUACAAAUGGUGGAGUCGUCUCUCCUCUCUCCGUCAGAGUAGAAGACAAGACGGACAAAGGAGAGAAGGCAGAAGAGGAGAUCGUCGAAUCCCCAUCGCAGAGCGUGUCGUCUACCGAAGCUCUGCUCCCAUUGCGAGUCUCACAGACCACGUCCUCGAUGGACUCUGCCAUUCCUAAUAAUAGUUUCCAAGGACGGGAUAACUCUCUGAGUAAUCCCCUCAGCACCCGCCAUAUCCAUGCAGCGCCCAUUAGGCCAGUAUUGGGAAUGCAGACAAACGAACAGAGUUCGAAAUUGCCUGUUACAUCAACUCCAGAACAGUCUGAUGAGCAAGACAAGGCUCCCGUUAAGGUCUCCGAGCUGAAAAAGAGAUUUGAACAUUGACUGGUGGCACAUGUCAAACCAUCAUCAAGAAUGUAUCGGAAUGUAACUAUUUCAAACAAUCUGUUGUAAAGAACUAAAAACAGCCUGAUCUCAUGAAAAUUGCAUGACUGUGACAACAUAAUGGUAAUUGGGCUGCACUUAUAUAGCGCCUUUUUUAACCUUAGCGGUAUUCAAAGUGCUUUACACUGUGACUCAUUCACCCAUUCACACACCAAUGAUGGCAGAGCUGCAUGUAAGGUGCUAGUCUGCCAUUGGGAGCAACUUGGGGUUCAGUGUCUUGCCCAAGGACACUUCGGCAUGUGGGCCAGGAAUCGAACCUCCAACCCUGCGAUUAGUGGCCGACCCGCUCUACCACCUGAGCCACAGCCGCCCCAAACAUUAUGUGGUUUGUUAUGCGUGUCACUGCAGUUACAAGGUGAAAUGUUCAUUGUGUGCCGCUAAAAGCGAGUUCCUGUGCUUUUAUGAGACCUUCGGCAUACGUGUCGACUCAUGUGCUCUUCAGGACUCGUACCCUGGUCCUUUGCAUCGCACAACACUCUAUCAGUUGAGUGACCACACAAUUCGAUCGCAUUCGGACAUGGUUGUAAAUGUAGUUGUUAUGUAAGUGGUUAGAUGUCAUAAGACAGCAUUGUGUGAGGAACAGGGUGUUAAUCUGCCGUUUUACGCUUGAUUUGUGUGAAAGCAAAUAAAUAAAAGCCGUCGUUGUAACGCCUCUCAUGUUAAUUUCACCAGGAAACUGCCGCGAUAUGUACAACGAGCCACGUAAAAAUCAUUUUGUAUAGUGACGCGAUUGUAUGAGACCAAGUUGUUUUAUUCUGAUUGUUUAAAUUGUUUUCUGCAUUUGAAGUCAACAUGAAACGAUAUUCGCAACACUGUUUUUUCGUAAACAGGAAGAAUUGAGAGAUACAUUUAGGACAAGACAUUUUAUCCUUCGGGAACUGAUUGCAUUGUGAAGCGUGUGUGUGUGUGUGUGUGUGUGUGUGCGUGUGUGUGUGUGAGAGUAAGUGUAUGUGUGAGAGAGUAUGUGUGUGUGUGUGUGUGUGUGUGUGUGUGUGUGUGUGUGUGUGUGAGUGCGUGUGUGUGUGUGAGAGUGAGUGUGUGUGUGUGUGUGAGAGUGAGUAAGUGUGUGUGUUUGAGUGUGUGUGUGUGUGCGUGUGCGUGAGUGUGUGUGUGUGUGUGUGAGUGCGUGAGUGUGUGUGCGUGAGUGUGUGUGUGUGUGUUUGAGUGUGUGUGUGUGUGCGUGUGCGUGAGUGUGUGUGUGUGUGUGUGAGUGCGUGAGUGUGUGUGCGUGAGUGUGUGGGAGACUGAAAGUACCCGAUUAUUAGUGCGUUUACUGGUCACUGUUUUUACAUGGUCAUUAAUUUACAUUUUGGUAGAAGACUAACCUACAGCGGAGAGAAGUGAGAUGUGUAUUUCCUGAACACACACACAUAUAAUAAUGUAAAUAAGGAUAUACCACAGACUUUUUGUUAUGUCGAUGUAAACUACAGAGGGGUAAACUAUAGUGGCAGAAGGGAGAGGAAAAAUAAAAAGGAAAAAAUAAUCAAAAUUUUUUACUCUCAAUAUAUAUAUACAGUAUAUAUUAGGCUAUUUUUAAGAUUCACAUGUUUCAAUUUCCUGACAAAAUACCAUAACAUUUAAUUUAGUAAUUUUUAUUUCUUUUUUUAAUCUUCCUUUUCUCCCAAUUCCCAGUACUUAGUAGGUCCUCGUGGUGGCGCGGUUACUCGCCUCAAUCUGGGUGGAGGAGGACGAGUCUCAGUUGUAAUUAAAUGAUGAACUUUGAAACACUCUUCACUAGUGGAUAUUUACUAAAUACACCAAGACUUUGAGGAAAUAAUGUAAUUCAAUUGUGUGGAACCGUUUCAGUUUUAUUAAAGUUCAACGUUAAACAAUGUGUAUCAUGUUAUUACU